AUGGCGGUCCUGGCGCCUCUGAUUGCAUUGGUGUAUUCGGUGCCGCGCCUUUCACGAUGGCUGGCCCGACCUUACUACCUUCUUUCAGCCCUGCUCUCCGCGGCCUUCCUACUCGUGAGGAAGCUGCCCCCGCUCUGUCACACUCUCCCCACGCAGCGCGAAGACGGCAACCCGUGUGACUUUGACUGGAGAGAAAUAGAGAUCCUGAUGUUUCUCAGUGCCAUCGUGAUGAUGAAGAACCGCAGGUCCAUCACUGUGGAGCAACAUAUAGGCAACAUCUUCAUGUUCAGUAAAGUGGCCAAUGCAAUUCUUUUCUUCCGCCUGGAUAUUCGCAUGGGCCUGCUUUACAUCACACUCUGCAUAGUGUUCCUGAUGACAUGCAAGCCUCCCCUAUACAUGGGCCCUGAGUACAUCAAGUACUUCAAUGAUAAAACCAUUGAUGAAGAGCUGGAGCGGGACAAGAGGGUCACUUGGAUUGUGGAGUUCUUUGCCAAUUGGUCUAAUGACUGCCAAUCGUUUGCUCCAAUCUACGCUGACCUCUCCCUCAAGUACAACUGUACAGGGCUCAAUUUUGGGAAGGUGGAUGUUGGACGCUACACUGAUGUUAGUAAACGGUACAAAGUGAGCACAUCCCCCCUCACCAAGCAGCUUCCUACCCUGAUCCUGUUCCAAGGUGGCAAGGAAGUCAUGCGGCGGCCACAGAUCGAUAAGAAAGGACGAGCUGUCUCCUGGACUUUCUCUGAGGAGAAUGUGAUCCGAGAAUUCAGCUUGAAUGAACUGUAUCAGAGGGCCAAGAAGCAAUGGAAGACUGGAGAUAAUACUCCAGAGGAGCAGCCUGUAGCCUCAACCUCCACAGCAGUACCAGAUGGGGAAAGCAAGAAGGACAAAUAG